CAUGAACUGUCUGUCAGUCUCUGCACCCACUCGAUCAAAACCGCCAGCCGCACACUGACAUGCCUGCUGGCCUGGCAUCCCUCUCCACACCAUACCACACCCACACCACACCCACACGUCUGUCUAACUAUGUACACGGCAGUUUAGGUGGGUCUCCUGAUCUAUCUAUGACUCGUAGACCCGCCAGUAAGCGAACACGUGCCCGUCCCGGUCAUUCCUAACGAUGCGGAGGUCCUCGUCGAGGAAGGAUAUGCGCUUCUCCACCACCGAGCUGCCCUGCUUGAUGUUCUCCAGGGAAGAUUUCGACUCGUAAGCGGAGUCGCCGUCGAGGAAAGGCAGGAGCCUACUGAUGGUGCUGUCGAGCACCUGCAGGAAUCCACGACGCAGGCAGGACAUAGGAACAGACAGACAGGCAGAAGAUGAACACCGGGCGAGUGCUGCUUACCCAUAUGCCGGUCUGCCUGCAUGCCUACCUUUGUCUUUUCGAUGGUGACGUUGAGCACAUCAUCUCUUGCCUCUGGCCCCUCCUGUGGCGCCACGCUGCACUCGGUCGUCAUCUUGGACUCGCCCAGACCGAACACACCCACUCUCACCUACAGACAGAGGACGGCAGAAGAUAUGUUGAUGUGUAUCAGGGCUGUGUGUGGCAUGCUGUGCUGUGUUGUAUGGCUGUCGAUCCGCCGACUGACUGACCUGGUUGGUGAGUCUCUCCGGUCUGAAUCGUUGAUUCGGCAUGGGGCUACCUUCAAUCCUCUGCCUCGACUCUCCAAUACUCUUGAACGGUAGCCGGUCGGUCAAGCCGAACAGCGACUCGGCCAGCUGAUCUGGACGAGCACUCAUGCAUCAAUGUGUGUCAACGGCACAUAUGCGUGUCCGUCUGACCCUCACUCACCUGAUCCGAAAGUGCGCAGCGGAUCCCUGAUGCCCUCGAGGGCCUUCCUGAAUGCCCAGAAGAAGGGCGAUGACCGAGUCACGUCCUCCGACGCAUACACCUACAUGAGAAUGAGAAUGCGCACACCAUCUGAUCUCAUCUGAUCGGAUUCCUUCUCACCAGCCUCCAUGUGCCCUUAAGCAGGGGAGAGGUUGCAGGGGCCGGGGUGGGAUUGAGAGCUUCAAGGUCAGCCAAGAUGGAGUCAAAGGUUGCUCUGCUCGCCCCCUCCAGUGCAAACUGUCCUCGACCCGAUGCCGCCGCUGAUUCGAGCAGCUCUAUCUUGAGAUCUUCCAGCGGGUUCGACUCAGGCGCCGACACAGCGCCGCCGGAGAGGGCCACAUCCUCUUGAACGGCAGCAGAAGGCAAACGCACUGAAAUGAGCGAAACCAAGUCAGUGAAUGAAUCACCUCUCCUCAUCUCUUUGCUCAAUCUGUCCACCUGUCAUGGUCAGUCUGGCGCCAUGAUGGUGCCGCCUCAGUGAAGGAACCAGAGACAGCCGCGAGGCAGGAUGGAAGGCAGAUCCAAGGAAAGGGCAGAAGAUCAGAAACACAGACAGCAGUGUCUGUGCAGGCUGCUGCGUUGCAAAAGACCAGAUCAUUGGGGUUUCUUAGGGCCGGCUGCUGCGUUGCAAAGACCAAAUUAUGGAGGGGCC